CUCAUAUGAGGCUUAUAAAAACACUCUGUUAGGCAAAAUAAAGUCUUUGGUAAUUUCUGUUCUAGACAGGCAGUGCCAUAAAGGAGGUGGAAAAACCAGAAUACCUGAAUGUAUUACAUGUGCUUAUUUUUCUUACCCACACCUUUUCACCUGAAUAUCUAUUGCAGAAACAAAUAGUUCUGUGAUUUUGGUGACAGGGCUCAUUGUGCCUAGCAUGGUAACUAAUGUCUCAGGCUAUUGCUCUAGAGACUUGCUUUCUGGUUGUCACAUUCUGGUGCUUAUUUUUGUGAUUUUAGUGCCAAAUUUUAGUGCUCAAAUAGUUUCAUUAAGGAAAUAGUUUUAUUAUAUAAUGGUUUUGAUGGGGAGGGAGUGUACUAUAAAACACACAGUUUUAUAAUAAUUGAAUACUUUGUAAGUAUUUUACUUGGAGAUGCAUGUAGCAUGUGCUAGACUUUAAAAGGAACAAGUCACACACACCAGCUUGUUGCACUGACUGAUGUUUUGGAGAUCAUGAUUUGUUAAAGUAUAUAUUUUUUAAUGUAUUUUCUUUUGUGUGCAUGGAAUAUUUUCAGAUAUGGUAUAUUAACUGUAAAGUUGUAGUAACUAAGCAUAAAGUUGUAAUGCCAAGUUUUUUACACUAAUUUUUAAUACUUCAUUUGUUAGCAGUCUUGCUUGAAUGGUCUUUUGAGCAGAACUAAUACAAUAUUUUGAUGUGCCACAGGUAAAUUUUUCCAUAACCUUAUGGAGAGAAAGGACUUUGAGACAUGGCUUGAUAACAUUUCUGUUACAUUUCUUUCUCUGACGGACUUGCAGAAAAAUGAAACUCUGGAUCACCUGAUUAGUCUGAGUGGGGCAGUCCAGCUCAGGCAUCUCUCCAAUAACCUGGAGACUCUCCUCAAGCGGGACUUCCUCAAACUCCUUCCCUUGGAGCUCAGUUUUUAUUUGUUAAAAUGGCUCGAUCCUCAGACUUUACUCACGUGCUGCCUCGUCUCUAAACAGUGGAAUAAGGUGAUAAGUGCCUGUACAGAGGUGUGGCAGACUGCGUGUAAAAAUUUGGGCUGGCAGAUAGAUGAUUCUGUUCAGGACGCUUUGCACUGGAAGAAGGUUUAUUUGAAGGCUAUUUUGAGAAUGAAGCAACUGGAGGACCAUGAAGCCUUUGAGACCUCAUCAUUAAUUGGACACAGUGCCAGAGUGUAUGCACUUUACUAUAAAGAUGGACUUCUCUGUACAGUGUUUAGUGUGGACUACAAUGAUGAACUGGAUAUCUUGGUGAGUGGCUCUGCAGACUUCACUGUGAAAGUAUGGGCUUUAUCUGCUGGGACAUGCCUGAAUACACUCACCGGCCACACGGAGUGGGUCACCAAGGUGGUUUUGCAGAAGUGCAAAGUCAAGUCUCUUUUGCACAGCCCUGGAGACUUUAUCCUCUUAAGUGCAGAUAAAUAUGAGAUCAAGAUUUGGCCAAUUGGAAGAGAAAUCAAUUGCAAGUGCUUAAAGACGUUGUCUGUCUCUGAGGAUAGAAGUAUUUGCUUGCAGCCGAGACUUCAUUUUGAUGGCAAAUAUAUUGUCUGUAGUUCAGCACUAGGUCUCUACCAGUGGGACUUUGCCAGUUAUGAUAUUCUCAGGGUCAUCAAGACUCCUGAAAUAGCAAACUUGGCCUUGCUUGGCUUUGGAGAUAUCUUUGCCCUGCUGUUUGACAACCGCUACCUGUACAUCAUGGACUUGCGGACAGAGAGCCUGAUUAGUCGCUGGCCUCUGCCAGAGUACAGGAAAUCAAAGAGAGGCUCAAGCUUCCUGGCAGGCGAAGCAUCCUGGCUGAAUGGACUCGAUGGGCACAAUGACACAGGCUUGGUCUUUGCCACCAGCAUGCCUGACCACAGUAUUCACCUGGUGUUGUGGAAGGAACACGGCUGAUGCCACAGGCCACCACCGCUGACUGACUUUGGGUGCCAGGGCUGCGGGUUUUGGUUGCAACCUCUAUGGCAGCCGACUGCAUGAACCAAAGUUCUCACCUAAUGGUAUCAUCACGCAGUGCACAAUCAUUUAUCUAUGUUUGCCAGGGGGCCAGGGCUUGGGGUGGGGGAGGGCUUGUUUUAUUGACAUAACAACGCAGCAUGCUAAUGGGAUACACCAUUGACUUCAUUUGUACUUAGUUAUGUUGGUCAGUAUAAGAGGAUGCACUUUGGGUUCAUCUUUCUUGAGUGGAAUAUUGGUUUUAUGAAAGUUAAAUGGUUCAUUAAUCUGCUAAUUGGUUGCCUAUAAAAUCACAUUCAGUCUGUUAUUAAAGCUUUUUACCAUA